AUGGAGGGUCAAAACGAGAACGAUGAGCUUUACCCCAUCGCGGUGCUCAUUGAUGAGUUGAAGGUAAGUGGAAGCUCCGAGCUCCGUUUCCCUCGACCGUUGGCCGCGGAGGGGGAGACCAGCGGACGCCAGCUAACAAGGUUCGCACCACAGCACGACGAUGUUCUCCUCAGACUCAAUGCUAUUCACCGUCUAUCUACCAUUGCCCUAGCUCUGGGCCCGGAGCGCACCCGGGAUGAGCUCAUCCCCUUCCUUGAUGAUUCUGUCGAGGAUGAAGAUGAGGUCUUGACUGCGCUGAGCGAAGAGUUGGGCAAUUUCACAGAGUACGUCGGAGGACCGGAGCAUGCACACGUGCUUCUGUCCCCGUUAGAGAACCUGGCGGCGAUUGAAGAACCUCUAGUUCGUGAGAAGGCCGUCGAAUCUCUCAACAAGGUUUGCGAGCAGUUGUCUGAGAGCCAAGUCGAGGAGCACUUUGUGCCUCUUGUCCUGCACCUCUCCAAGGCGGACUGGUUCACCUCGAAGGUCUCCGCAACAGGCCUGUACUGCACACCAUACCAAAAGGCUUCGCCGACACUUCAGCAAAGCCUUCGUCAACACUUUGGCGCCCUUGUACACGAUGAGACUCCGAUGGUCCGUCGGCAGGCGGCCAACAACCUGGCCAAGUUCGUCAAGGCAAUGGAGACGACCGUCAUUAUCGACGAGAUGAUACCCCUUUUCCAAUAUCUGGCUAGUGACGACCAGGAUAGUGUGCGACUUUUGACUGUUGAUAUUCUCAUCGCAAUUGCCGAAGAGAUCCCCAAGGAGCAGCAACCCAGCCACGGUGUUCUGCUCACUUCUCUGCGAAACCUGUUCGAGGAUAAGAGCUGGAGGGUCCGAUACAUGGUUGCGGAUAGAUACGAAAAGAUUGCUAAAGCCGUGCAUGAGGAGGUUAUUACGCGCGACAUGGUGCCCGCCUUUGUCAAGCUCUUGAAAGAUACCGAGGCCGAGGUUCGCACGGCCAUUGCUGGCCAGAUUCCCGGUUUCUGUGGAUUGAUUGACCGCGAUACUCUGCUUAAUGAGAUUAUGACUAGCGUAGAGGACCUUGUUUCCGACCAAUCUCAACACGUUCGGGCGGCUCUUGGUACUCAGAUCAGCGGCCUGGCGCCGAUCCUUGGAAAAGAAGAGACCAUUGCCCACCUGCUUCCCAUGUUCCUCCAGAUGCUCAAGGACGACUUCCCCGACGUCCGCCUGCACAUCAUUUCCAAGCUUGAGCAGGUUAACAAAGUCAUUGGAAUCGACCUUCUUUCGCAAUCUCUUCUUCCUGCCAUUGUCCAGCUGGCUGAGGACAAGCAAUGGCGCGUGCGUCUCGCUAUUAUCGAAUACAUUCCCCUCCUCGCGAGCCAGCUGGGUGUCAAGUUCUUUGAUGAGCAGCUGAGUGAUUUGUGCAUGGGGUGGCUCGGCGACACUGUUUUCUCCAUUCGUGAAGCCGCCACUCAAAAUCUGAAGAAGCUCACUGAGGUUUUCGGUGUGGACUGGUCUAAAGAGUCGAUCAUUCCUAAGGUGAUGGCCAUGGGCCAGCACCCUAAUUAUCUCUACCGCAUGACUACUUGCUUCGCCGUUUCUACCCUUGCCCCCGUUGUCACUCUUGAUAUCAUCGAAAGCUCCCUCCUCCCCAUUCUGGAUCGCCUGGUUACGGACGAAAUCCCCAACAUCCGUUUCAACGUCGCCAAGUCCUAUGCUGUUCUGAUUGACACUUUGCGUCGCCUCCCGGCCGACAAGACCCUGGUCGAGGUUGAGAAGUCUGGCGAGACUGUUACUCCUUCACCCAAGAGUCAGGAACUCAUCCAGCAACGAAUCACGCCCAGCUUAGAAAAACUCCAGGAAGAUGACGAUGUUGAUGUCCGGUACUUCGCUACCACUGCGGGUGGCACCCAGGACGAGGCUAUGCAGACGUCCCCUUGA